ACGAGGAAAGAGACGUUAAUAAGAUGGACGUUGUUUGGCCCCCAGGAACUACGGAACUGCAAAGGAAAUAUGGCCAGACAUACUCUCUGAUGAUGGGCUCCCACAGCGUCAUCAUCGUCAACCAGCACAUUCAUGCCAAAGAAGUCCUGCUGAAGAAGGGAAAGACAUUUGCUGGAAGACCCAGAACUGUGACCACUGACACUUUGACUAGAGAUGGGAAGGACAUUGCCUUUGGAGACUACAGUCCUACAUGGAGGUUCCACAGGAAAAUAGUCCAUGGAGCUCUGUGCAUGUUUGGAGAAGGCUCUGCCUCCAUUGAGAAGAUCAUCUGUGCAGAAGCCCAUUCUCUGUGCUCCAUCCUGUCAGAGGCCUCAGCGGUCGGUCUUGCCCUGGAUCUGUCACCAGAGUUGACCCGAGCCGUCACCAACGUCAUCUGUUCUCUCUGCUUCAACUCAUCGUAUUGCAGAGGAGAUCCAGAGUUUGAAACAAUGCUGAACUACAGUCAGGGCAUUGUGGACACUGUGGCUAAGGACAGUCUGGUGGACAUCUUCCCCUGGUUACAGAUUUUUCCAAAUGCUGACCUGCAGCUUCUAAAGCAGUGUGUUUCUGUUCGAGACCAACUCCUGCAGAGGAAAUAUGAUGAACACAAGGCAGACUACAGUGACCAUGUUCAGCGAGACCUGCUGGAUGCUUUGCUAAGAGCACAGCGCAGCACUGAAAACAACAACACAGCAGAGUUUGGUACAGAGGCAGUGGGUCUUAGUGAUGACCACCUGCUCAUGACUGUGGGUGACAUCUUUGGAGCCGGUGUGGAAACCACCACCACGGUGCUCAAGUGGGCUGUGGCCUACCUCAUCCACCACCCCCAGACACAGAGGCAAAUCCAGGAGGAACUGGACAGUAAGGUGGGUUCUGAACGGUCGCCUCAGCUCAGUGACAGAGGAAACCUGCCCUACCUGGAGGCCACUAUCAGGGAGGUGCUCCGAAUCCGACCUGUGGCCCCUCUGCUCAUCCCACAUGUGGCUCUGAGUGACACAAGCAUUGGAGAGUUUAGUGUGAGGAAAGGCACUCGAGUCAUCAUUAACCUGUGGUCUCUGCACCAUGACAACAAAGAGUGGACGAACCCUGAGCUCUUUGACCCAGGUCGUUUCCUGAACAGCGAUGGCUCCGGCCUCAUGAUCCCAUCACCCAGCUACCUUCCAUUCGGUGCUGGUAUCAGAGUAUGCUUGGGGGAGUCCUUGGCCAAGAUGGAGCUCUUCCUGUUCCUAUCAUCAGUCUUACAGCGCUUCACCCUGUCCGUCCCCCCUGGACACUGUCUGCCCAGUUUGGAGGGAAAGUUUGGUGUGGUUCUCCAGCCUCCGAAGUACAGAGUGAAUGCCACACUCAGACCGGGUUGGGAGACCAACAGCUGUCAGAUGUGUUGACACUAUGUGAAGCUGCCAUAUCUGUUAUGACCAGUUGACUCCCAUCUUCACCCAGAUCUUCUAACCAAUCCCUGAGGGAAGUCCCCCGCUGCUUCAAACGCUCCACCCUCAUCCCAGUGCCCCC